UUUUUGUCGCCCUGUUGUAACAGCUCCGAGAAAUCUAUCUACGUUAUUAGAUAUUUUAGGAUAAAAAGGACAGGGUUGUUAGAUAUUUUAUAAUAUUCUGAUAGCCAUGAUCAUGAUAUAAUUCAUGAGAGACUUUUAAAGGGAUUGAAAGCGGUAUUUAGCCGUAAUUGAAGAAAUCAUUUUGAUCUUUAUUGUCAGCAAAUUUGAAAAACAUGGCGGCCAUUGCAAGUGAUUCUAAUGCGCCAUUGAAGCUGGUCAGAUGGAUGCAGUUUGGUAUUCUCAGUCCUGAUGAGAUUAAACGGAUGUCCGUGACUGAAGGAGGAAUCCAAUAUUCUGAGACUACGGAAGGAGGACGUCCUAAACUCAAUGGCUUGAUGGACCCAAGACAAGGAGUCAUCGACAGAAUGUCUCGAUGCCAGACCUGUGCGGGAAACAUGUCCGAGUGCCCAGGGCAUUUUGCUCACAUAGAACUGGCCAAACCAGUGUAUCAUGUUGGGUUCAUGACUAAGACCAUAAAAGUUCUACGAUGCGUGUGUUUCUUCUGCUCUAAAAUGUUGAUUGACCCUUCUCAUCCGAAGAUCAAAGAGGUGAUAGCCAAGUCUAAACUAUUUCCGCGUAAACGUCUAGCUCACGUUUAUGACCAAUGCAAGGGCAAAAACAUUUGUGAAGGUGGAGAUGAAAUGGAGAAAGUUGGUCAAGAAGAUGAUGAGGAUGCUCUAGGUGGUGGUGAAAAGAAAAAGGGUCACAAUGGUUGUGGAAGAUAUCAACCCAAAAUCAGGCGUCAAGGCCUGGAGCUAACUGCGGAGUGGAAGCACGUCAAUGAGGAGUCCCAGGAAAGGAAAAUAGUCCUCACUGCCGAGCGUGUCUAUGAGAUAUUUAAAAGAAUUACAGAUGAAGAGUGCAUUGUGCUUGGAAUGGACCCCAAAUUUGCACGUCCUGAUUGGAUGAUAGUAACAGCAUUUCCUGUGCCCCCACUGAGUGUUAGACCCGCUGUGGUUAUGUUUGGCGCAGCUAGGAAUCAGGAUGAUUUAACCCACAAACUUGCAGACAUCAUCAAAGCGAACAACCAGCUGAAGCGUAAUGAACAGAAUGGUGCAGCUGCUCACAUCAUAGCAGAGGACACCAAGAUGCUGCAGUAUCACGUGUCAACAUUUGUUGAUAAUGAAAUGCCUGGACUCCCUAAGGCUACACAAAAGUCAGGUCGACCUCUAAAAUCAGUAAAACAAAGACUGAAGGGUAAAGAAGGUCGUAUCCGUGGUAACUUAAUGGGAAAACGUGUUGAUUUCUCUGCCAGAACUGUCAUUACACCAGAUCCAAAUUUGGGCAUCCAUCAGGUUGGUGUCCCGAGAACAAUCGCGCAAAAUAUGACGUUCCCUGAAAUCGUGACCCCAUUUAACAUUGACAGAAUGCAGGAACUGGUGAGACGUGGGGCAACCCAAUACCCUGGAGCCAAGUACAUUAUAAGAGACAAUGGAGACAGGAUAGACCUAAGGUUCCACCCUAAAGCCAGUGAUCUACAUUUACAAAUAGGUUACAAGGUUGAGAGACACAUGCAAGAUAAUGACACUGUUAUCUUCAACAGACAGCCCACGCUACAUAAAAUGAGUAUGAUGUGUCAUAGAGUGAAGAUUCUCCCAUGGUCUACAUUUAGGAUGAACCUCAGUGAUACCACGCCAUAUAAUGCUGAUUUUGACGGAGACGAGAUGAACUUGCAUCUGCCACAAUCUCUGGAAACUCGUGCAGAGAUUUAUGAGUUGGCGGCUGUGCCAAGAAUGAUCAUCACCCCCCAGGCCAACAGACCUGUUAUGGGUAUUGUGCAGGACACCUUGUGUGCAGUCAGGAAAAUGACCAAAAGAGACACAUUUUUAACAAGGGCUCAGGCGAUGAACCUUCUGAUGUUUUUACCAAUAUGGGAUGGACGUAUGCCCCACCCAUGUAUUCUAAAACCCAUCCCCCUGUGGUCGGGAAAACAAAUCUUCUCAUUAAUCAUCCCAGGACGUGUGAAUUGUAUCCGUAUCCACGUGGCUCAUCCUGAUGACGAGGAUUCUGGUCCUUAUAAGUGGAUCUCUCCGGGAGACACAAGGGUGAUUAUUGAAGAUGGUGAGCACAUAUCCGGAAUCAUCUGUAAGAAGACUCUUGGAGCAUCUGCAGGCUCACUGAUGCACAUCGUGUUCAAUGAACUUGGCUGGGAACAGGCUGGACUAUUUUACGGCCACAUCCAGACUGUCGUCAACAAUUAUCUUCUGAUAGAGGGACAUUCUAUAGGUAUUGGAGAUACAAUUGCUGACCCUCAGACCUAUAUAGAUAUCCAGAACACUAUCAAAAAAGCCAAGAAUGAUGUGAUUGACGUCAUAGAAAAAGCUCAUAAUGAUGAGCUGGAGCCAACACCUGGUAACACACUCCGUGCAACCUUUGAGAAUCAGGUAAAUCGUAUCCUGAACGAUGCCAGAGAUCGAACUGGAUCCAGUGCACAGAAGUCUCUCUCAGAGUUCAAUAACUUCAAGGCUAUGGUGGUUGCUGGAUCUAAAGGAUCGAAGAUCAACAUCUCUCAGGUCAUUGCAUGUGUAGGCCAACAGAACGUUGAGGGAAAACGUAUUCCCUUUGGAUUCCGACACAGGACCCUGCCACAUUUCAUCAAAGAUGAUUAUGGUCCUGAGUCGAGAGGUUUCGUAGAGAAUUCAUAUCUUGCCGGGUUGACGCCAUCUGAGUUUUUCUUCCACGCUAUGGGAGGUCGAGAGGGGCUUAUUGAUACAGCUGUAAAAACAGCUGAAACAGGGUAUAUCCAGCGUCGUCUCAUCAAAGCUAUGGAGAGCGUGAUGGUGAAAUAUGAUGGAACUGUUCGUAACCAGAUAGAGCAGUUGAUCCAGUUACGUUAUGGAGAGGAUGGCCUGGCGGGAGAGCGAGUCGAGUUUCAGAACCUGGCCAAUCUGCGUGCCUCCAAUAGAGGAUUUGAGAAAAAGUUCAAGUUCGAUGUCUCUGAUGAGAAGACAAUGAAAAAGUCGCUGAAUGAAGAUGUCAUUAAAGAUCUGUUGGCAGAUGCCAGAGCUCUGUCAGAGAUAGAAAGGGAAUGGGAACAAUUGAAGGAUGAUAGAGAAAAUAUCAGACAAAUUUUCCCAACUGGAAACAGCCGAGUUGUGUUACCAUGCAAUCUACAGAGGUUGAUCUGGAAUGCUCAGAAGAUCUUCAGAAUCAAUGUGAGGAAACCUACAGAUAUACACCCUGUUAAAGUCAUAGAAGGUGUUCGGGAUUUGUGCAAGAAGUUUGUGAUCGUGAAAGGAGAGGACAAACUGAGUAAACAGGCCAAUUAUAAUGCUACUAUGUUGAUGGACAUCCUAGUCAGGUCCACAUUGUGCGCUAAACGUGUCACGGAAGAGUUCAGGUUAUCCUCUGAGGCAUUUGAUUGGCUGCUGGGAGAAGUGGAGUCGAAGUUUCAACAGGCUCAGGCUCAACCUGGAGAGAUGGUUGGAGCUUUAGCUGCUCAGUCUCUUGGAGAACCUGCCACUCAGAUGACCUUGAACACUUUCCAUUACGCUGGAGUCUCUGCUAAAAACGUAACACUUGGUGUGCCCAGGUUGAAGGAGAUCAUCAAUAUAUCAAAGAAACCAAAAACGCCCUCUUUAACUGUCUUUUUGUUGGGACAACCAGCAAGAGAUGCUGAGAAGGCCAAGGAUGUGCUGUGUCGUCUGGAACACACGACUCUCCGCAAGGUCACAGCUAACACUGCCAUCUAUUACGAUCCAGAACCACAGAAUACUGUGAUUGCUGAGGACCAAGAAUUUGUGAAUGUCUACUAUGAGAUGCCUGAUUUUGAUCCGAGUCGCAUUUCCCCAUGGUUACUAAGGAUUGAACUAGACAGGAAAAGGAUGACAGACAAGAAGCUUACCAUGGAGGCAAUCAGUGAGAAAAUAACAGCUGGUUUUGGAGAUGAUCUGAAUUGCAUCUUCAAUGAUGAUAAUGCUGAGAAGCUGGUACUGAGAAUACGUAUAAUGAACUCUGAUGAAGGAAAGUUCAACAAUGAAGAAGAGGAGGUUGUAGAUAAAAUGGACGAUGACGUCUUCUUGAGGUGUAUUGAGGCCAACAUGUUGACAGAUAUGACACUUCAAGGUAUAAACGAGAUCUCGAAGGUGUACAUGCAUCUUCCAACGACUGAUGACAAGAAAAGAGUCACUCUUACAGACACAGGGGAGUUCAAGUUCCUCCAAGAAUGGAUUCUGGAAACUGAUGGUACUGCCCUCGUCAAAGUUCUUGCCCAGCCAGAUGUUGAUCCUGUGAGAACAACAUCUAACGAUAUUGUGGAAAUUUUCUCGUGUCUGGGAAUAGAAGCUGUCAGGAAAUCUAUAGAGAAAGAGAUGAACCAUGUCAUAUCAUUUGAUGGCUCUUACGUUAACUACCGCCAUCUUGCCUUGCUUUGUGACAUCAUGACGUCCAAAGGACAUUUAAUGGCUAUAACACGUCACGGUGUGAACAGACAGGACAUUGGUGCACUUGCGAGAUGCUCUUUUGAGGAAACGGUUGAUAUCUUAAUGGAGGCAGCAUCCCAUGCGGAAAUUGACCCAAUGAGAGGAGUGUCUGAGAACAUUAUGCUGGGGCAGUUGGCCAGGAUUGGUAGUGGUUGUUUUGACCUUAUGUUAGAUGCAGAGAAGUGUAAACAUGGCAUGGAAAUCCCAACAAACAUUGGUGGAGGAAUGAUGGGUCCAGGUGUUGGAACUGGAAUGUUCUUUGGUUCAGCUGGUACCCCCUCUGCUGGUAUGUCUCCUCAGAUGACUCCCUGGUCCAGUGGAAACACACCCAACUAUGCCAGUGCAUGGUCCCCAGGGGUAGGAUCUGGCAUGACCCCAGGGGCAGCUGGCUUCUCACCCUCAGAUUCUGGCUUCAGUCCAGGUUAUAGCCCUGCCUGGUCUCCCCAGCCUGGAUCCCCAGGUUCCCCUGGUCCCUCAAGCCCGUAUAUUCCCUCCCCAGCUGGUGCCAUGUCCCCCAGUUAUAGCCCCGCAUCCCCUGCAUAUAUCCCCAGCUCACCAGCAUCUAUUGGAACCCCACAAAGCCCUGGGUAUUCUCCACACAGUCCAGGUGGAUCUUCACCAAGUUAUUCACCGACUAGUCCUAGUUAUUCCCCAACCAGUCCUAGUUAUUCUCCAACUAGUCCUAGUUAUUCACCUACCAGCCCAAGUUAUUCCCCAACAAGUCCAAGUUAUUCGCCGACUAGCCCAAGCUAUUCUCCAACUUCACCAAGUUAUUCUCCCACUAGCCCAAGUUAUUCACCGACUAGCCCAAGUUAUUCCCCCACUUCUCCAAGUUAUUCUCCCACUUCCCCUAGUUAUUCCCCAACUAGUCCAAGUUAUUCACCAACGAGCCCUUCAUACAGUCCAACAAGCCCAUCAUACAGUCCGACAUCCCCAAGUUACAGUCCAACUUCCCCAAGCUACAGUCCUACAAGUCCAAGUUACAGUCCAACAAGCCCUUCAUACAGUCCUACUUCCCCAAGUUACAGUCCUACAAGCCCAAGCUAUUCCCCAAGUUCCCCCAACUAUAGCCCCUCAUCCCCUAGCUAUAGUCCAACAAGCCCCAGCUAUAGUCCUAGCUCCCCAAGCUAUAGCCCGAGCUCUCCAAAGUAUUCCCCACAGAGCCCCAGCUAUUCUCCAACUAGCCCAAGCUAUAGCCCAUCUAGCCCUAAGUAUACCCCCACCUCCCCUAACUAUUCACCCACUUCUCCAAGCUAUAGUCCAAGCUCUCCAAAAUACACCCCCACAAGCCCAAGCUAUUCACCAACAAGCCCAAGUUAUUCUCCCAGUAGCCCGCAAUAUUCCCCUGCCUCAGCCAGUUACACCCCUGGCUCCCCUAAAUACACCCCUGGCUCACCAGAGUACAGCCCUAGUUCUCCUCAGUACAGUCCAAGCUCACCACAAUACAGCCCUACAAGUCCUAGCUACAGUCCAAGUUCUCCUAAGUACACACCCACCAGCCCAAGUUAUUCCCCAUCAAGUCCCAAGUAUACACCCACUUCACCCACAUAUAGCCCAGCCACGCCCACUUAUACCCCCACAACUCCCGCCUACUCACCUGCCACACCCACUCAAGAUGAGAAUGACAGCGAUGAGGACUAAAUACACUAGAGGACUAUAAAUCUGUGGACUAAAAUUUUUAAUUAGAACUGUAUUAUGGAAAUGAUAUUCGGUGCUGAGGCUCAACAUGAAGUGGACUUCCUGAGAGGGGAGUCUGAAUACCAGGACGUAAAAUCCUUGAAAACUGGGUAUUACCAGGGAACAUUUCUGGUAUUUAGAUGCGCAUAAUUUGAAGGGUUGAAGCCUGCAAAGCAAGGAGUGCACGAGCUAAAAAACUUAAAUUCCUGGUAUUGAUAAACCAGUGGAAUAAAAUAUGCAGUAGAAAAGAGACAACAAUUCCUGAUGGUGAUAUACAAAGGAAGAUUUGUUUUAACAUUAAAUGAUAUGGCUGAAUAGAAGAUAUUUUCUCCUUUGUGAAUGGAGAAUUUAAACUCAUUCAAGCAUGUGAAGUGAAAAAUGAAAAUCCACUCGCAUGCAUUGAGCAAGUAGUUGGCUCUCCUUUUCAGAAAAUGAAAGAUUAUGUAUUAAAUCCUGUUUAAGUGGAACACCUUUGGUUCCUGAAAAUAGUGUUUCGCUUUGGAGGGAUUUCACUCGCAGAAG